AUCCUCGUUCUUGGUCACGACAUCGCAUCGCGAGCCCUUGUCCGGCUGCGUGCUCCUCCCUUUCUUCUCGGCAACCAGACCCCUUUCGACACCAGGACCGCACCGACUAUUCAACGACGUGCGUCCGCCGAAUAGAACAUACGCGUACACUCUCCAAUGUCGACCAGCAAGCCAUACACCAGGCGGGUGCCCCCAGCCACACCAAAACGCCUCAUCGUCUGUUGUGAUGGCACUUGGAUGGACUCGCUGGGCGAGAAGAGUGGUGAUCCGCAGUCCAAUGUGACGCGCAUCUCACGCAUCCUCCGCCGUACGUGUCGCGACGGCACACCCCAGAUCAUCGUCUACAACGCCGGCGUCGGCAGCGGCAACGUCCUUGAUCGUUUUACCGGCGGCAUGUUUGGCCGCGGCUUGGAAAGCGUCAUCCGCGAGGCGUACAACUUCGUCUGCGCCAACUACGUCCCCGGCGACGACAUCAUCCUGAUCGGCUUCUCUCGGGGCGCCUUCACCGCCCGCUCCGUGGCCGACAUGAUCGCCUCCAUCGGCUUGUUGACCCCCCGGGGCCUCGAACACUUCCACGCCAUCUUCGAGGACAUCGAGCACAUGGGUUCCGCCCGCCGCCCGCUCGACGACUUUCUGUACGACCACCUGCCCCCUUAUGCCGGCGAGCAAGGGGAGGCCAAGAUUCGCUGGACCAGGUACCGUAAGAGCAUUUACCGCGACUGGUUGAAAUCCCUCGGGUACACCAGAGACACUCACCCCGACGGCGUCACCCCCAUCACCAUCAAGGCCCUGGCCGUUUGGGAUACAGUUGGCACCUUGGGCGUGCCCCCUGCUCCCAUCAUCGGUUUGUCCGGUUCUAACGACCAGUGGAAAUUCACCAACACGGAAGUCUCCGACAAGGUCGAAAACGCAUUCCAAGCCCUGGCCCUCGACGAACCGCGCUACGCCUUCCGGCCGGCCCUCUGGGAGCGCCUCGACGGCAACAACCGCACCCGCCUCAAGCAGGUCUGGUUCCCCGGAAACCACGCCGGCGUAGGCGGCGGCUGGCACGACCAGCAGAUCGCCACCAUCUCGCUCGCCUGGAUGUGCGACCAGCUCUCGACCGUCGGCGUCGAGUUCAGUCUCCGCCUCACCACCGCCCUCUUCAUGGAAGACCUGGCCUACUCCGCCGUGCAUCCCUUCCCCGCCGUGCCAUCUGCGACGCUGACCUUCCCCCCUCCACAUACAUCCGCCUCGUCGUCCCUGUCGUCCGUCGUCAGGUCCGUCCCCUCCCUCGCCACAUCGUGGCUCCGAUCCAAGGCCGCCUCCUCCCCUUCUUCCUCGUAUCCGCUUCCCUGGGGCUGUCCGACCGUGUGCCGCAUCCCCGACCCAGCAUGGGAGCCCACGCGGGACGAGACGGACCACGACGACGCGACCUGCGCGCCGCACCCGGUACACGCCCGGCCGGAAGAACUCUGGCGCACGGCGCGCGCGUGGGGGCUGGGCCAGAUGCGCGCGCCGACGAGCAGGCUGCAGAUGAUGGCGGGGACGACGGUGCGCACGCCGGGGCUGUGCAUGCGGGCCGACUACGAGACGAACCGCGACACGGACGACCCGCUGCGGAACACGGGCGAGAGGAUCCAUAGCAGCGUCCGCGUGCGGCUGGCGUGCGAGGGGCUCGGGCUCGAUGAUCGCGCGAGGUGGAGCUGCGAGGCGUUGACUAGGGAGGCGGCGGGGAGGGGGAGUGGGCCUGUGUGGCGGCUGGAGAGGCGGAGGGGGUUGGAUCCUAGGGAGGAGGAGGCGGCGGUGGAGGGGUUUGUUCCGAGAGAGCUUGCUUUGGGGUAUCCGGAGGAGUGUCUCUACCCUGUUGACCGGCGGGAUGUGCGGUGGAGGUGGGUGUAUGAGGGAGACAUUUCAUAUGUCGGGGACGAGGGGGACGAGAGGUAUGCGCAUUUGACGGUGCCGCAGAGCAUGAUAUUGCCGGAGGAGCCGCUCGUGGGGUACUGGGAGCGGUAUUUCCUGUCUUUGACGGCCGGUUAUGCCGAUGUGUGGCGGUAUGCGCAGAGAUACCCGCCGAUGGGGGCCAAGGGUAGAGGAGAGCCGAGAGGGGAGCCGAGAGGGGGGCCGAGAGAAGAGUGACGAGUACUGGAUGGUGCAAACUGUAUCCUAUGGCGUAGCGUC